AUGGGUUGGGGCGGCUACGGCAAGGGCGGCUAUGGCUGGGGCUUCCCCCCAAUGAUGAUGAUGUACGGCAAGGGCAAAGGUAAAGGACUCCGCGGCUUCUCGAACGAGAAGAAGGUUUGGAUUGGUGGUCUUCCGGCGGGCCCGACGAACGUGGAGACCAACAAGAAACUCAAGGAGCACAUGUCCCAAGCCGGAUUGGAGUGUGUCUUUGCCGAGAUCAACAAGAAUGGCAUUGCUGGUGCAGCAUACAAGACGCCUGAGGACGUGGCAAAGGCCGUGGCAACACUCAACGGUUCUGUCUUCGAAGGUGUCCAGAUCCAGGUCGACAUUUGGCAGAAACCCCCCGCUGAGCCUACGGCCUGA